AUGCUGCACACAGACUGCUGUCCACAGAUCGCCGUCCACAGACCGCCGUCUACAGACCGCCGUCCACAGACCGCCGUCCACAGAUCGCCGUCCACAGACCGCCGUCCACAGACCGCCGUCCAAAGACCGCCAUCCAAAGACCGCCAUCCAAAGACCGCCAUCCAAAGACCGCCAUCCAAAGACUGCAAUCCACAAAGGAAGCUUUGCCGGUUUUUUAGACUCAUAAGAUGGAAUCUCGUUGAACCUCUGACUGUGGCGUCCUGUGGCAGACUGUGGCUGAUCCAAAUCUCAAAGAUACGUGUCAGAAGCCAAAGCACAGUUCAGGACCAGCAGAACGUUCUCUCGCCAGAGUCAGAGGUGGGGAGGCCAGAGAGGACGGGUGAGUGA